AUGGCUGGCAACGGUGAAUCUGCCAUCAUCUCUAAUGCUACCAACUUGGCCAAAUACAUGAAGUUGGACCAGAAGGGCAAAGUUCUGGCUGAGUACAUCUGGAUUGAUGGCUCGAAUGGCCUGCGCAACAAGACAAAGACCCUGAACAAGGCCCCCAAGAGCGUCGACGACCUCCCAGAAUGGAACUUUGACGGUUCCUCGACUGGCCAAGCCCCAGGCGACAACUCCGAUGUCUACAUCCGACCCGUGGCCAUGUACCCGGAUCCCAUCCGUUUGGGCGACAACAUUUUGGUCAUGUGCGAGACCUGGGAUCCUGAUGGCACGCCCAACAAAUUCAAUUACCGUCACGAAGCUGCCCGACUGAUGGAGGCCAAUGCCAAACAUAAGGUGUGGUUUGGUUUGGAGCAAGAAUACACUCUUUUGGGCCCUGACGGCUGGCCAUAUGGCUGGCCCAAGGGGGGAUACCCUGGCCCUCAAGGCCCAUAUUAUUGUGGUGUCGGGACUGGCCGUGUCUACUGCCGUGACAUUGUUGAGGCUCACCACAAAGCUUGCGUGUACGCUGGUAUCAACAUUUCUGGCACCAAUGCCGAAGUCAUGCCUGCUCAGUGGGAAUACCAAGUCGGGCCCUGCGAGGGUAUUGACUUGGGUGAUCAACUGUGGGUUUCCCGAUGGCUCCUCCACCGAAUUGCCGAAGAAUUCGGUGCCAUAGUGUCCUUCAAGCCCAAGCCCAUUCCAGGGGACUGGAACGGCGCAGGUCUUCACACCAACGUUUCAUCCAAGGAGAUGCGUGAGGAGGGUGGUAUGAAAUACAUUGAGGAGGCAAUGAAGAAGCUCGAGAAGCGUCAUGUGGAGCACAUCAAGGUCUACGGGGAGGGCAAUGAGCUCCGUAUGACUGGUGCCCACGAGACUUCCAGCAUUGAUAAAUUCACUUGGGGUGUGGCCAACCGAGGUUCUUCUGUUCGUAUCCCCCGAGCCUGCGCCAGAGAAGGCAAGGGCUACUUUGAGGAUCGACGACCUGCUUCCAACGGCGACCCGUACCAAAUCACGGGCAUCAUUGUCGAGACCAUGUACGGAUCCCUGCCUGAAGAGAAGUCCUAA